CAUGUAUUGUGAUCAUUUGUUAUAAUACUCUUUAAGGAAAUAUCUCUUUAAAACAUGUCCUCUUCAAAAAAUUCAACUAUUGUAAAUAAUGCUGUAAUUUUUUUAGACGCUACCUCUGCUAUAAAAUCCAUCUCCAAAAUAGAUUUUUUACGUGAAGUAGAUUAUAUCCCUGAAGAAGGAAAAACCCAACCAUUGCAACUUUCUCUUACCAACCCCUACUCUGUGUAUGCAAAACCUACUUUCUCACCAGUAAAAUCUAUAAAAACCCUAAUCAAACACUCACCAAAAGCACCAAAAGAAUACAUCCAGUCCACAAGAUUUGAUGAACACUUCAUUCAAGGAGAUCAAGCAGAACAGUUUGUUACACUUCAGAUACCUCUUGAGUUUCCACAGCAAUGGAUUCACCAUGGGUAUUCACAUAUCCAUUUUGGAGCGGUCAGACUAGCACUAAACUAUCAUGGGAGAGAAGGACAGUCAGUUGUAGCACAUAUGGCUUUACUUGAUAGCAGGUACAUAAAGUAUGAACAUGCAUGUAUUGGUACUGUUGAGGACACCUUAAAUACGAAAACUUUAAUUGUUACCCUAUUUCCAAACUAUACCAUGGCCCUUUGUGAUCCCAACUUAUUGUCUGCCUUAAAGGUCCAAGUUCAGAUCAUAAGAGCCCCACAAAUACCUUUUGCCAUUAUAGCAACACUUCAUUACCAGAUGGUUUAUAAAGUUCAAGACCAUGCAUUUAACCUUUCCAAAAUUCAGACAAACUUAAAUGAUGCAUUGGUUUUGGCCAUAAACAUAUCACAAGCUCUUAUUUGUUCAUUUGUUCCAAAAAGAAUCCCUAGAGAGGAUCUUGCCAAACUUCUUCCAGAAAAAUGGAUCAUCAAUUAUGAAAAGUUGCAAGAAGCCAAAACUUUCAUUCAGUCCACACAAACCAAUUUUACCAAAAAAACUGAUGAGACUAUAGAAAUAAAAUUUGACCAUUCCCACUUGAAAGAACCUUCUACUCCACCAGUUUUUUCAUCAAUGUUUAUGAUUAGACAGACUGACUCAGUAGAACCAGGCUCAGAACAAAAGCUCAUUGAAAGCUUUGACUAUUGGGGCAAACCAAUUUUCCAUUUCAUAGAUCUUAUCACUAGUCACUAUCCAUGGGACAUCAAUUGCACUUGUGAAUGAUGUUAAGAAGACAACUUUGCAGCAGACUAUGAG